GAGAAGAACCUGUCAGUCAGCUGACCCACAACCAGCCAAUCAGAAGAGUUACCCGGUUGUAAAUAAAGAGUGGUGAAACAAGCAGCAGAGCGAGAGAGAGCUAGAGAGGAAGCAGCAGGUUGAUCAUGGUGCAGACAGCAGUCCGUGAUACGAGUAGAGCCGCCAUGAAGGGCAGUGUCAGCAGACAGGACGGCCCUGCAGGACUGUGGGACUCUGUGAAGAAAGCGGCCGUUGUCAUCGGAUCUGGAAUCUUAUUGUUGGCAGCGUUCGGCAACUCGCUGACAUGGCACCUUCAGAGAUUCUGGGGAGCUUCAGGCGAUUUCUGGCAGGACAUGUGGACCCGGCUGUACGUGACCUUUGAGGGUCACGAGACCGCUCUCUUCUUCUUGUGGACAGCGUUCAUCCCCACCGUGGCGUUCUGGGCCCCGAAUAUGCUGCUGCUGUUGGCGGACACCACCGGCAAACCGUCCUUCAUCACUCGCUACCGGAUCCAGGCGGACAAGAACAACCCGGUGGAUCCAGCAAAGCUUCGUCAUGCAAUCAAGACCGUGGCCUUCAACCACUUCCUCAUCUCGGGGCCCAUGUUGGUGGGGACUUACUUCGUGAUGACCUGGAGAGGUAACCCCUGUGACCCCGAGCUGCCCACUUUCCACUGGGCCCUGAUGCAAUUUGCCAUCUUCUCCCUCGUAGAGGAACUCAUGUUCUACUACUCACACAGGCUCUUCCACCAUCCCAGCCUCUACAAGCAUUACCACAAAAAGCACCACGAGUGGACUGCUCCCAUCGGCCUCGUCUGCAUUUACGCUCAUCCCCUAGAGCAUAUGAUCUCUAACAUGCUGCCGGUGAUGAUGGGACCCAUGCUUCUGGGCUCCCAUGCGACCACCACCUCCCUCUGGUUAUGCAUGGUCCUGUGGAGCACCACUAUCUCCCACUCUGGAUACCACCUCCCCCUCCUGCCCUCCCCGGAGUUCCACGACUUCCACCACCUCAAGUUCAACCAGAAUUUCGGAGUGCUUGGUGUGCUGGACCGGCUCCACGGCACAGACAGCAAAUUCCGGCAGACCAAGCAGUACGAGCGCCACCUCGUGCUCGCCGGCCUCACCCCGCUGACCGAGAGCAUCCCUGACUCCCCCAAGAAGGGUCAGUGAUGACCCGCGACCCCUGGAGAUAAACCUUCCAAAUUCAUCAUAAUACGACGAUUACGAUUUUUAUCCAGAAAAGCUGUUGAUCAGACUGCGGUGAUCUGUGGUUUUAUUUUUACAAGAUGAAAUAUUCUGUUUUUGCACUAAACCGGAUGUGCAGGUUUCAUGCUGAAGUUCAGCCUCCUCUGUGGAUGUGGCAGUUUAAAAGUCUCUUGUGAUUGGUUCACUGUCAGUGGUGUCACAGAGAAGUCAGUAGUUCAGGGUUAUUAUCUAUAACAUCCUAUAGGUGAACAAGAUUGAACAAGCUUUUAAACAAUGAAGCUAUACAUGAUUAAAACACCAUCCAUGCUGGAUCUUUUACUUUCAUGUGUAUUUUACUUUUGAUCCGUUUUGGAUUAUUUGGAUAAUUUCGGCAGAAAAAGAUUGUGGUUUUAACGUUAAGUAGAACUCUGUUGUGGUGAUAAAACAGAUCCCAAAUCUCCUGUAGUACUUUUAGUCUGGUUUAGUACCAUCUCACCAGUUUAGACUCAUGUUUACUUGCUGCUCAGACAGGGUUUGGGUUCUUGCACUUUUCUUUUCCAUGGGAUUUCAACAUACCCCUGAAUGUUAAAUGUGUCUUGAUGUAUUACAGAAGACCUCCAUUAACAUUUGUACUAAAAGGACUGAAUGUUGGAUGUUGUUUGAUUAAUACAAAAAAUAAAGAUGAUUUUCCCUACUGUG